AUGGUGAUGAGCUUCCGCGUGUCCGACCUCCAGAUGUUGCUGGGAUUCGUGGGCCGCAGCAAGAGUGGCCUGAAGCACGAGCUGGUCACCAGGGCCCUGCAGCUGGUGCAGUUCGACUGCAGCCCGGAGCUGUUCAAGAAGAUCAAGGAACUCUACGAGACACGCUAUGCCAAGAAGAACGUGGAGCCUGGCCCACAGCCCCACCGGCCCCUGGACCCUCUUACCGUGCACUCCACCUACGACCGGGCUGGCACGGUACCCAGGACUCCGCUGUCGGGCCCCAAUAUUGACUACCCUGUGCUCUACGGAAAGUAUCUAAAUGGACUUGGACGAUUGCCUGCCAAGACCCUCAAGCCAGAAGUCCGCCUGGUGAAGCUGCCCUUCUUCAACAUGCUGGACGAGCUGCUGAAGCCCACCGAGUUAGUCCCACAGAACGCCGAGAAGCUUCAGGAAAGUCCCUGCAUCUUCGCCCUGACACCCAGACAGGUGGACCUCAUCCGGAGCUCCAGAGAGCUUCAACCUGGAGUGAAAGCCGUGCAGGUGGUCCUCAGAAUCUGCUACUCAGACACCAGCUGCCCUCAGGAGGACCAGUACCCCCCGAACAUCGCCGUGAAGGUCAACCACAGCUACUGCUCCGUCCCGGGCUACUACCCUUCCAACAAGCCUGGCGUGGAGCCCAAGCGGCCUUGCCGGCCCAUCAACCUCACCCACCUCAUGUACCUGUCCUCGGCCACCAACCGCAUCACUGUCACGUGGGGAAACUACGGCAAGAGCUACUCCGUGGCGCUCUACCUGGUCCGGCAGCUGACGUCGUCGGAGCUGCUGCAGAGGUUGAAGACGAUCGGGGUGAAGCACCCCGAGCUGUGCAAGGCACUGGUGAAGGAGAAGCUGCGCCUGGACCCCGACAGCGAGAUCGCCACCACGGGCGUGCGGGUCUCCCUCAUCUGCCCGCUGGUAAAGAUGCGGCUGUCGGUGCCCUGCCGGGCAGAGACCUGCGCCCACCUGCAGUGCUUCGACGCCGUCUUCUACCUGCAGAUGAACGAGAAGAAGCCCACAUGGAUGUGCCCGGUGUGCGACAAGCCUGCCCCCUACGACCAGCUCAUCAUCGACGGGCUCUUGUCCAAGAUCCUGAGCGAGUGUGAGGAUGCGGAUGAGAUCGAGUACCUGGUGGACGGCUCGUGGUGCCCAAUCCGUGCCGAGAAGGAGCGGAGCUGCAGCCCCCAGGGCCCCAUCCUGGUGCUUGGCGCCUCCGAUGCCAGCGGUCUCCUGCCGCCCCCCAGCGUGAACAGUGGCGGUGGCAGCGGCCCGCUGGGCAGUGCGGGCGGCGGGCCGGGUGCCCCGGGUGUGGAGAAUGGGAAGCCGGGAGCCGAUGUGGUGGACCUUACGCUGGACAGCUCAUCUUCCUCAGAGGACGAGGAGGAAGAGGAGGAGGAGGAUGACGAGGACGAGGAGGGUCCUCGGCCCAAGCGCCGAUGCCUCUUCCAGAAGGGCCUGGUGCCAGCCUGCUGACCGCGGGCCGCUGGACACUCACUGGUGCUCACCAUCGAGGGCGGGCGCGCAGGCGCGGGGUGCGCGGGGAGGAGGAGGCCUUUGCUUUCCUUUCGUGGGUCACUUUGUUUUCUCCGCUCCGCCCCUGGCUCCCGGCACCUGUACCUCUGGACUCCUCUGGGGGAUUAAAAAAAGUAAAAUGACAAAAAAA